GCAGGGACUCAAACCCUCCGCAUUUGCAUCAGUGGAGGAGCCGAGAGCGGUGGCGCACGGAGAAACGGACGGGUAAAAACUUAUAUUAGAUCAAAAAGGACUUUUAUUUUCAAUUUACUCAGAUCUUUCUCUCCUUGAGACAUUUUAGAACCGUCGGUUCUCCCUCACGUUGGUCGGAUUUCAGUUGUGACAGCGCUGAAUGACAGCCAAACACGCAGAGAGAACCGGAGAGAUCAGCGGUGAAGAGGCUCGUUUGUACGCGGAGAGGAGAGUGUGUCUCCGGGCAUCGGCUGUGCGUCUUUGCGCGGACUGGACUGGACUGCGCUGUGGUUCUUCCUGUGCUUAUAGAGGAGGGGAUUUGGAGGGUUCUUAAGUUGACUUGCUUUUGUGGAGCUCUGGAGAAGAUCUGGUGCCGUUUUAACAGAAUCGGAGGAAGCCUGUCGGAUCGUACACUCUGCUCCACGCAUGUUGGAAGUGGAGACAGCAGGGCUGGAUGCCUGCGGGUUUGCGAGUCUCCAAGACGCAGACUGGGGAAUGUCCAGAGCGCACGGCCGCGGCACGCAUCCAUAACCUGCUCACAUCUCCGUCUAUGUUUCUUUUGCACUCCACAGCCAAGGAUUACAUCCUGCCCGGGCAUCAACUGAGGGAGUAAAGGACGCAAAGUGGGUGUGGAGUGGGUCAUUUCUUCACAUAUCUUGCGCUUUGGCUUCUUUGGAGAGGAUAUGGCACGGUCGGCGCUGGAGAGAGGAGAGCAGCCGGCACAGGCGAGAGGAAACAGGAGCUGAAUGACAGGAUGCCAGCGACCUGAGCCCGCUCCCAGAUCACCUUCCAGCUUCGUCAAAAGAGACACUUCUGCUUUAUUUGUUUAGUUCAGAAGAGGGAAGAAGAAUACUUGCCAAAAAGCUUUUGGAGGAGUUAUAUUUUUGGAGGCGUUUUUCUUUUUUGUAUGCGUAAUUUUAUUUUUUUGUCGAUAAAACAAGGAUGCAUUGUGGAUUAGUCUUUAUCCUGUUCAUGGGAAUCCUCUUGGUGGUCAAGGCUUUCAAAAACGAGCUCUUGUCACUCCCCUCUGCAGAUAAAUGUGGAGGCAACAUCAGAAUCUCAACCGCCAACUACCUCACUUCGCCCGGAUACCCCAUGUCUUACCCUCCUUCUCAGAGAUGCGUGUGGGUGAUCUCGGCACCUGGUCCUCACCAGCGGAUCCUCAUCAACUUCAAUCCGCAUUUUGAUCUGGAGGACCGUGAGUGCAAGUACGACUACGUGGAGGUGAGAGAUGGUGUGGAUGAGAGCGGUCAGCUGGUGGGGAAGUACUGUGGGAAGAUCGCCCCCUCUCCGGUCGUCUCCUCCGGAAACCAGCUCUUCAUCAAGUUCGUGUCUGACUACGAGACCCAUGGAGCAGGUUUCUCCAUCCGAUAUGAGAUCUUUAAGACAGGACCCGAGUGCUCCAGGAACUUCACCUCUAACAGCGGUGUCAUAAAGUCGCCCGGGUUCCCUGAGAAAUAUCCAAACAACCUGGACUGCACUUUCAUGAUCUUUGCCCCAAAGAUGUCUGAAAUCAUUUUGGAGUUUGAGAGCUUCGAACUGGAGCCCGACACGACGCCCCCCACUGGUGUGUUCUGCCGCUACGACCGGCUGGAGAUCUGGGACGGCUUCCCUGGAGUGGGUCCAUACAUCGGGAGGUACUGUGGGCAGAACACCCCAGGCCGAAUCAUCUCCUACACAGGCAUCCUGGCACUGACAAUCAACACGGACAGCGCCAUUGCAAAAGAAGGCUUUUCUGCCAACUUCACUGUCAUUGAAAGGACCGUUCCAGAAGACUUUGACUGUAGCGACCCUUUGGGAAUGGAAUCAGGAGAGAUAACAUCAGACCAAAUCAUGGCUUCAUCCCAGUACAACCCCAGCUGGUCCCCAGAGCGCUCCAGACUCAACUACUAUGAAAAUGCGUGGACACCGGCAGAGGACUCAAACAAGGAGUGGAUACAGGUGGACCUUGGGUUCUUGCGGUUCGUUUCAGCCAUCGGUACCCAGGGCGCCAUUUCCCAGGAGACCCGGAGGGUUUACUUUGUCAAGUCCUACAAGGUGGAUGUCAGCUCUAAUGGAGAAGACUGGAUCACUUUGAAAGAAGGCUCCAAACAGAAGGUUUUCCAAGGCAACACCAACCCAACAGACGUUGCCAAGACGAUGCUGCCUAAGCCCACGCUGACGCGCUUCGUCCGGAUCCGUCCCGUUACCUGGGAAACAGGCAUCGCACUGCGCUUCGAGGUGUAUGGCUGUAAGAUAUCAGAGUACCCAUGCUCGGGCAUGCUGGGUAUGGUAUCAGGCUUGAUCACUGACAACCAGAUCACUGCGUCCUCCCAUACGGACAGGAGCUGGGUACCAGAGAAUGCUCGUCUGCUGACCAGCAGGACAGGCUGGACCCUGCUGCCCCAGCCACAGCCCUUCACUAAUGAAUGGCUGCAGGUGGAUCUAGGUGAGGAGAAGCUGCUGAAGGGGUUGAUCAUCCAGGGAGGGAAGCACCGUGAGAACAAGGUCUUCAUGAAGAAAUUCCGCCUCGGCUAUAGCAACAACGGCUCCGAUUGGAGGAUGGUGUUAGACACGAAUGGGAACAAGCCAAAGAUAUUUGAAGGUAACAGCAAUUACGACACUCCUGAACUGAGGACAGUGGAGCCCCUGCUGACCCGUUUCAUCAGAAUUUACCCAGAGAGGGCCACUCCUGCUGGGAUGGGCCUGCGAAUUGAACUCCUGGGCUGCGAGAUUGAAGCUCCUACACUCCCGCCCAUCACAGUAGUCCCGAGCACUACCCCGUCAGACGAGUGUGACGACGACCAGGCGAGCUGCCACAGCGGCACAGGUGAUGACUACGACGUGACAGGUGGCACCGUGAUGCCAGAGACCACUACUGCUGAAGUGGAUACCAUCCCAGCUUUCCUGUGGUUUGCCUGCGACUUUGGCUGGGCCAAUGAUCCCUCCUUCUGCAGCUGGACAUCAGAGGACACUGGCUCUAGGUGGCAGAUCCAGUCCAGUGGCACCCCCACCCUCAACACUGGACCCAACAUGGACCACACAGGUGGAUCAGGGAAUUUCAUCUACACCUUAGCGACGGGCCCACAAGAGACUGAGGUGGCUCGGCUCGUCAGUCCUGUAGUGAGCUCCCCAGACUCUGACCUGUGCGUAUCCUUUUGGUACCACAUGUUCGGGUCACACAUUGGCACACUACAUAUCAAACAGCGCAAACAGACGGUGGAUGGACCUGCAGACAUCCUGCUGUGGACCGUCAGUGGUCACCAAGGCAACCGCUGGAGGGAAGGUCGUGUCCUUGUUCCACGCACCAACAAACCUUAUCAGGUGGUGAUCGAAGGUAUGGUGGAAAGAAAGAGCUGGGGAGACAUUGCUGUGGAUGACAUUAAGGUUCUAAAUGGACUCAGCAUGUCAGACUGUAAAGAUCCUGACGUGCCCACUGAGCCGAUGCUACCGGAGGAUAGCUUCAAUGAAAUCCUUGAGGAAAUCACAGAAUAUCCAGACUUUGUAGAAACCAACCAGAUCAGUGGAGCGGGCAACAUGCUGAAGACGCUCGACCCCAUCCUCAUCACUAUCAUUGCCAUGUCCGCCCUGGGCGUCUUCCUGGGUGCCAUCUGCGGUGUGGUCUUGUACUGCGCCUGUUCACACGGAGGCAUGUCGGACAGGAACUUAUCAGCUCUGGAAAACUAUAACUUUGAGUUAGUGGACGGUGUCAAGCUAAAGAAAGACAAACUCAAUGUACAGAGCUCAUACUCAGAGGCGUGAGCUGGGACUGAGUGCAUUCAUGUGACUGUAUGACGGGCAGAGCUCGCACAAGACUGUCUCUAGACAUAACCUCUCGUCUAUCUGCGAGUAGACGGGCUCAAAAGGACUGCCAACACCCUCAACUCACUGGAUGAGGGCCAGGUUCAGGAACCAAUGGGAGGUUUGGACUGAUCCAUGCUUUUCUCAGGAGCUGCAGUAUAAAGAACCCACCAGUAGGGGACACUGUGUACAAAUAAAAUACAGAAAAAAAAUAUGUACAGAUGAUUUAGAUGCUAUUUUAAUUUUCUAUUUUGAUUUUCAUUCAUUUUUACAAUCGGAUGCUGGUGUUGAGACCAAUUUAUUAAUAAUGUUUAAAGUAUUUAUCGUUUUCUGGGAAAGAAAUGUUUUUUUUUUUUAAUUAUCAGUUCAUGAAAGCUGUUGUUUCUUUUCGAGUUUUGAAAGAGACGUAUCAAAAUCCUAAAUGAACCAUAUCCGGUAAAGCUGUAGAGAUGCCCCAUAAGCGAGGCAUACAGAUGUGCCCAUAACCCAUGACCCCUUUCUCCUUUCACCCCUAUCCCUCUAAAGAGAAGGUCCCAUUCAUGGCAAUGUAUGGUUCUGACAGUGCCUUUAGUACAUUUUGGUUGGACUCCUCUGUUGAAAUGGGUGUUUUUUUACUGUACUUGGCUUAAGUUAUGAUGACAGGAAACAGGGGCACAUUACCUUCUAAAUACCUGCAAAACAGGAGAAACGUUUAUCACUGCGCUUUGUUUUGUUAUUUUUUUUGUUUGUUUUCUGUCCAAAAACCACACACUGUAAAUACGUUUUAAUAUAUUUUAUUGCCCUUUUUAAAGAAAGUAAAAAGGAAAAAAGCUGCA